AACAGAAUCACAUCAUUGUUGUUUCACACUUGUUCCAGCUAGUUAGAGCAUGUUAGUCCUGGUGGACUGGCUUGGUGGAGGACAGACUGAUUACUUUGGGACCCUUUCCAACAUCUGGAGGAUGAAGGUGUGUGUGUGAGCUGAUGUGGACGUGAAUUCAGCAGAAUGGACCAGUGUGAGGACAGAGAGGACGGAGUCCCUCCCUCUAAAACCUCUCUGUGUGGGGAACAUGAGAGUCGGAGCAAAGCUCAGAGGAAUAAACCUGGACCUGGACCUGGACCUGGACCUGGACCUGGACCUGGACCUGGACCAGGACCUGGACCUGGACCUGGACCUGGACCCAGCUGUGUGUCCUUGAAGAGCGACUGGUCAAAGGAAUAUGUUAUUAACUUCAAAGGAGAGCAACGUUCUGCUGUAAAGAGGGUCCAUCAGAAAGGAGACUCUCUUGAAAAUGAACCCAGCUGUUUGUCCUUGAAGAGCGACCACUCAAGGGACUGGUUAAUUAACUUUAAAGGAGACCAACAUUCUUCUUCAGAGAGAGUGGACCAGCAGAUCUCAGAGUCCCCCAGUGGUCCGUCUGUCCAGCAACAUCAGACACAGCUGGACUCCGUCUUUCAGCUGCUGGAGGACGACAUCGUCAUGUUUGUGAAGGACGAGCUGAAAAAGAUCCAGAAGGUUCUGAGUCCAGAUUACCCAGAAUCCUCAGAGAGUCUGGGGGAGGAUGAAGAUGAAGAGCAGAAGAGCAUCAGAGAGACAUUCAUGAAGAUCACAGUGAAGUUCUUGAGGAGGAGGAAGCAGGAGAAGCUGGCCGACCUCCUGCAGAGCAAGACCGUCGCUGCCGUUUGUCAAUCCAAACUCAGAGUUCAGCUGCAGAAGAAGCACCGGCAUGUGUCUGAGGGGAUCACUAAAGCAGGAAACCCAACCCUUCUGGAGCAGAUCUACACAGAGCUCUACAUCACAGAGGGAGGGACCGGAGAGGUCAACGAAGAACAUGAAGUCAGACAGAUUGAAGCAGCUUCCAGGAAACCAGACGGAGCAGAAACAGCCAUCAGACAGGAAGACAUCUUUAAACCCCCACCUGGAAGAGGAGGACCAAUCAGAACGGUGAUGACGAAGGGAGUGGCCGGCAUCGGGAAAACAGUCCUAACACAGAAGUUCAGUCUGGACUGGGCUGAAGGCAGAACCAACCAGGACAUCCAGUUCCUGCUUCCAUUCAGCUUCAGAGAGCUGAAUGUGCUGAGAGAGGAGAAGUUCAGCUUGGUGGAACUAGUUCAUCGAUUCUUCUCUGAAACCAGAAAAAUCUGCAGCUUUGAAAAGUUCCAGGUCGUGUUCAUCUUUGACGGUCUGGAUGAGUGUCGACUUCCUCUGGACUUCCACAACUCUACAAUCGUCAGUGACCCCAGAAGGUCCACCUCAGUGGACGUGCUGCUGACAAACCUCAUCAGGGGGAAGCUGCUUCCUUCUGCUCGUCUCUGGAUCACCACACGACCCGCAGCAGCCAAUCAGAUCCCUCCUGAGUGUGUUGACAUGGUGACAGAAGUCAGAGGGUUCACUGACCCACAGAAGGAGGGAUACUUCAGGAAGAGGAUCAGGAACAAGAAGCAGACCAGCAGGAUCAUCUCCCACAUCAAGACCUCACGGAGCCUCCACAUCAUGUGCCACAUCCCAGUCUUCUGCUGGAUCACUGCUACGGUCCUGGAGAACGUCCUGGAAACCAGAGAGGGAGGGGAGCUGCCCAAGACCCUGACUGAGAUGUACAUCCACUUCCUGGUGGUCCAGGCCAAACUGAAGAAGGUCAAGUAUGAUGGAGGAGCUGAGACGGAUCCACACUGGAGUCCAGAGAGCAGGAAGAUGGUGGAGUCUCUGGGAAAACUGGCUUUUGAGCAGCUGCAGAAACCUGAAGGAAACCUGAUCUUCUAUGAAUCAGACCUGAGAGAGUGUGGCAUCGAUCUCAGAGAGGCUUCAGUUUACUCAGGAGUGUUCACCAAGAUCUUUAGAGAGGAGAGCAGCCUGUACCAGGACCAGGUGUUCUGCUUCAUCCAUCUGAGUGUUCAGGAGUUUCUGGCUGCUCUUCAUGUCCAUCAGACCUUCAUCAAGUCUGGAGUCAACCUGCUGGAGGAAAAAAGAAACACAGAGACUCAACUCUAUCAGAGAGCUGUGGACAAGGCCUUACAGAGUCCAAACGGACAUCUGGACUUGUUCCUGCGCUUCCUCCUGGGUCUUUCAGUGGAGACCAAUCAGAACCUCUUACGAGAUCUGUUGGAACCAAAACAAAGAAGUUCACAGAACAAUCAGGAAACAGUUAAAUACAUCAAGAAGAAGAUCAGUGAGGAUCUGUCUGCAGAGAGAAGCAUCAACCUGUUCCACUGUCUGAAUGAACUGAACGAUCGGUCUCUGGUGGAGGAGGUCCAACAUACCCUGAGGUCUGGACGUCUCUCCACAGGUAAACUGUCUCCUGCUCAGUGGUCGGCUCUGGCCUUCAUCUUACUGUCAUCAGAAGAAGAUCUGGAGGUGUUUGACCUGAAGAAGUUCUCAGCUUCAGAGGAGGCUCUACGGAGGCUGCUGCCGGUGGUCAAAGCCUCCAAGAAAGUUCUACUGAGUGGCUGUCACCUCUCAGGGAAUAUCUGUCCACUUCUGUCCUCAGUUCUCAGCUCUCAGUCCUCCAGUUUGACAGAACUGGACCUGAGCAACAACGACCUGCAGGAUUCUGGACUGAAGAAGCUGUGUCCUGGACUGGAGAGUCCACACUGUCACCUGGAGUCUCUCAGGCUGUCAGGCUGUCUGAUCUCAGAGGAAGGAAGUUCUUCUCUGGUCUCAGCUCUGACCUCCAACCCCUCCCACCUGAGAGAGCUGGACCUGAGCUACAACCAUCCAGGGGAGUCAGCAGGGAAGCUUCUGUCUAGACUGGAGGAUCCCCGCUGGAAACUGGACACUGUCAGGGUGGAGCCUGCUGGACAACGAUUUCUGACACCAGGUCUGAGGAAGUCUGCUUGUUUGUUCUCUCCAUCAGAUUCCUGUCAACUCACCGUCGACACAAACACAGUCAACAACAAGAUCACACUGUCUGACAAGAACAGGAAGAUGAUGAAUGUGUUGAAGAAACAGUCAUAUCCUGAUCAUCCAGACAGGUUUGAUGAUCCUCAGCUUCUGUGUAGAGAAGUUCUGACGGGUCGCUGUUACUGGGAGGUCCAGUGGAGCGGAGCUGUUUCUGUAUCAGUGAGUUACAGAAGAAUCAGCAGGAAAGGAGAUUCUGGUGACUGUAGGUUUGGAAGAAACGAUCAUUCCUGGAGGCUGGACUGUUAUCCAGGUCAUCAGUACCGUGUCUGUCACAAUAACAGCUACACAUCCACCACCUCCUCAUCUCCAUCUUCAGACUCUGGCAGAGCAGCAGUUUACGUGGACGUUCCUGCUGGAACUCUGUCCUUCUAUGAAGUCUCUGUCUCUGACAGACUGAUCCACCUCCACACCUUCAACACCAGCUUCUCUGAACCUCUCUGUGCUGGAUUUGGAUUCUACUCGCCUGGUUCAGUGUCUCUGUGUCCAGUUUAGUCUCCAGAGUCUCCGGUCAGAGAAACUGUCUCUGUUGGAUCCUGGACUUGGACUCUGGUUCUGGUUCCUCAGAGUCUCCAUGAUGAUGAUGAUGGUGAUGAUGAUGAUGAUGAUGAUGAUGAUGAUGAUGAUGAUGAUGAUGAUGAUGAUGGUGAUGAUGAAAGUGAUGAUGGUGAUGAUGAUGAAGAUAAUCACCAUUUAUCUUUAGUUUUUUUGUUUAUUGUAUUUUUAUUUGAUCUUUUUCACAUUUAAACAUUAAAUAUUUUCAUGUUUGACUUCACGUUUAGAUUCUUAAAGUCUUGUUUCUUCCCUGAAACAAAGUUGGAGCUUCAAAUCUAAACAUUUCCAUUUUACAUUCAACUUUUCCAGUUUGUAUAAUAUUUGAUUGAUUUAUCUGAUUGUUUUAAUUUGAUUCCUUCAGUUUUCAAAGUUGUUGAUGUAAAAAUGAAGUGAGAAGAUGGAAAUAUUCAUGUAACAUCCAACAUGUAAAAACAUCAGCAACAUGUUUAAAAGUAUUCAAGUACUCUUGAAACCAGUUUUUUAAGGAAAGGUGUAUUUACUGCAACUUUUUAUGGUCCCCGAUUGUGGAACAGCCUCCCGGAGAACCUCAGGGCUGCAGAGACUGUUGAUGUUUUUAAAAAGAGGCUCAAGACCCAUCUCUUUAAUCAGGCUUUUAACUGACUCAUUUAACUCUUUUACAUUUCUUAUGCUCACCCUUAUUUUUAUUGAAUCUUACUGCUCUGUUUUAUAUUUAGUUUAUCCUUUCUUAUCGUAUUUUAUUUUUGUUUAAUCUCAAUGUUUUAUCUAAAUAUUUUAGUUGUUAUUUAUGGUCUAUUUUAUACAUUUUACUGUUUUAUUAUUUUAGUUUUUAAUGUCUUACUUUCUAGACAUACUUUUAGGAUUUUAUGUUUGUAUGUUUUAUGUUUUUUAUAAACUCCUUUAGUGUAUUUUAUCCUGUUUUCUUGUAGCUUUUAUCUCCAGUGUUUCCUCAUGGGGAGCCUCCAUGCUGGGAGUGACUCUGGCCUGCAGGGGGUCGUCCUGGGGGUGGUUCUGGCCUGGAUGGUUGUGGAGCUCUGCACCACGGCUUCACCGCUGUGGUGUGGACUCCUCUAUCCGUCCGGGCCGGGAUGGUCUCUGUGGGCCCCCCCCCCCCCCUUGUAGCUGCGGGCUAUGAGACCUCCUGGCGUGGACGGCUCCCUGUUACCGUUUCCUCACCUGGAUCCUCUGUGCCUGGCCAUGUCUACACCAUGUGUCUGCGUGCGUGUCUGUGUGUGUUAGGAAUUUAGGUCAAUUGUAGUGUGCUUUUGUCUGCGGGGAGGGGGGGGGCAUUAAUAAGUUUUAUGUUUAUUUGUUUUUUCUUGUUUUUUUUUUCUGUUAAGCACUUUGUGUUUCAUUAUUUGUAGGAAAAGUGCUAUAUAAAUAAAGUUUGAUUUGAUUUGAACUUUAAAAACAUUAUGUACAUAUCCUAAGUUUAGGGAUAAGUUGAUCUGGUCCAGUAUUGUCGUACCAAAGUUAUGGAUAAGUUUAAAUUAUAGAAAUUAUACUUAUGUUACGUCAUCACGUUGGGGCUUAUAGGUGUGGCUUUAAUUUGUCGGUUGGUUGGUUUGAUUGUGUGGUGACGGGUGGAAGACACAAGGAAAGUGUUCGUGUAGUAGGCUGAUAUAUUUGUUGUUGACCGUUUUGCUUUGCUUCAGCCACACAUAUUCAUUGCUUGUUAUUCUAUUUUUGCAUUAUAAUAAUUGAUUGCUGCCUUUUGAUCUUUUUGUUACAAUAAACCUUUAAGAACCAA